AUGAAAAAUGUGAGGUCUCUGAUAGCUGUUGUUGUGAAGAAGGUGUGGCAUAUGUCCCAAUUGGAUGUAAACAAUGCAUUCCUACAUGGGGACUUAAAUGAUGAAGUCUACAUGGAGAUUCCUCAGGGCAUGACUGUAGAUAGUUCAGAGUUGGUCUGCAAGCUCAACAAAUCCCUUUAUGGGCUGAAACAAGCGAAUAGGCGGUGGUAUGCUAAGCUCACUGAAGCCUUAUGUUCAAGGAGUUAUGCACACUCUAUGUAUGACUAUUCUUUGUUUUACAAUAAAACUGAAAACUCAACUGUCUAUAUAGCAUUGUAUGUAGAUGACAUUGUGGUGAUAAGAACUGACAUAAUGGAGUUUGAAGACUUAAAGAUUUUUCUGAAUAACAACUUCAUGAUAAAAGAUCUGGGCAGACUACACUACUUCCUAGGUUUAGAGGUUCUUUACAAAGAUGAUGGUGUGAUAAUAUCUCAAAGGAAGUUCACACUUGACUUGCUCAAAGAAUAUCAGUGUACAGAUUACAAUAGCUUUACUUCACCACUAGACCUAAUAGCCAAGCUCAAGGCAAAAGAACGAGAGGCUGUGACUGAUCCUACUUACUAUAGGAAACUAGUGGGGAAGCUCAAUUUCCUCACCAAUACUAGUCUGGACAUAACUUACAUUGUACAAAAUCUGAGCCAGUUCAUGGAUGACCCCAGACAACCUCACUUGAAAGCAGCCUUUCAUCUACUUAGAUAUUUGAAAGGAGAUCCAACCCUGGGGAUAUUCAUGUCUAGAGAUACAAAUUAUACUAUCAGGGCCUACUAUGAUUCUGACUGGGCAACAUGCUCAGAUUCCCGAAAAUCUUUAAGUGGCUACCUUUUACUAUUGGGAAGCAGUCCUGUUAGCUGGAAAUCCAAGAAGCAGGAUACCAUUUCAUUGUCUUCUGCAGAAACUGAAUAUAGAGCUCUAAGAAAGGUAGUGGGGGGAAUUGUUGUGGCUUAG